AUGAUUUCAAAUAAAGAAGAGAAUGAUCUUGAAUUGACGACCCCAGCAAAAAUUAAUCUGAUAAUGAAGUUAUUGAGAAGUUCUCCCGCAGUAGAACAAUAUUUUGAUGAAUUUAGAAAUUUUUUUGCUGAUGAUAAGAGACCCGAAGAUUUAAAUCGAGUAAUAGAGAACCUUGGGCAAGAAAUAAUUAACUUAAAAGAUCAUAUUAAAUCUCUAAAAAAAAAAAUUGUGUGA